AUGUCGUCUUUCACGUCCGGCCCGUUUCGUGUGGUCGAACAUACGGUCGAAUGUCAACAUAUCCGCGAGUACCCUGGCGCUACCGCCAACACGCAGGAGGAUGAGCUGCAUCUUGCCGUGAAGCAGUAUAUUCCUCUCGACAACCCAAAUCCACAGCCCGGAGAUGUCACUAUUCUAGCGGCACACGCUAACGGCUUCCCAAAAGAACUAUACGAGCCGCUCUGGGAAGAACUGUAUGCCCGCUCCAAGGCCAACGGGUUCCGGAUUCGGAGCAUCUGGAUGGCAGAUGUUGCGCACCAGGGACAGAGUAGCGUGCUCAACGAGGAUCUACUGGGGAAUGAUCCCAGCUGGUUCGAUCACCCCCGAGACCUCCUCCAUCUAGUCAAUGUCAAGCGCAAGGAAAUGCCCCGGCCCAUCAUCGGAAUUGGUCACAGUAUGGGUGGCGCGCAUCUCGCCCAAUUGUGCUUGAUCCACCCCCGUCUCAUCCACACACUCGUCCUCUUGGACCCAGUGAUCCAACGACAGACGACACAGCUCGAUCCGCUCGAGGUCGCCAAGCAGAAACUCGUCAUCGCUAAAACCACCCAGCUUUCCACCUACCGCCGAGACCUCUGGCCUUCGCGCAAGGCCGCCGAGGACGGUUUCAAGCGCAACCCAUUCUACCAGGCCUGGGAUCCGCGCGUGCUCGACCGCUGGGUGAAGUACGGUCUGCGCGAACUCCCCACUGCGAUCCACCCACUGCCAGAGGAGCCCAAGAGUGGCGAGAAACCAGUCACACUGACCACCCCCCUCCACCAGGAGGUCUUCACCUUCUCCCGUCCCAAUUACGACGGACCUCCUGGCAAAGACGUGCCCAUCAACCGUGUGACACAUCCUGACCUCAACCCCAAUCAUCUGGGAUCGUGGCCGUUUUACCGUCCGGAGCCGUCGCGGGUAUUCUCACAGAUCCAGCAUCUGCGCCCUAGCGUGCUGUACAUCUUCGCCGGCAAGUCCGACAUGUGUCUGCCCGAGAUGAUGGCCGACAAGAUGGAGAACACCGGUGUCGGUCUGGGCGGCAGUGGUGGCGCCCUGGCGGGGCGCGUCCGCAACGAGUAUCUGAAAGAAUACGGGCACCUUCUGGCCCAGGAAGCCCCCGUCGAUUGUGCCGAGGCUGCUGGCAAGUGGAUUGGGCAGGAGUUGGCGCGGUGGAGAGAAGAGGAACGCAUGUUCCGGGAGCAGUGGGACCGCAAGUCGAAGGUCGAGAAGAUGACCAUUGAUGCCCGGUGGAAAGAACAUGUCCCGGCGCCUGUGCGGCCCAAGAAAAAGGAAGAUUCGAAAGCGAAGCUGUAA